AUGCUCGCUGUUCCCGACAUGGCGGCUCCCAGCUCGGGGCUGCGGCAGCGCCUCCCGGGCCGGGCCCGAUCCUCCUCUGGAGCUGCCGGAGCGGCUCCCGCUGCAUCCCCCGAGCCCGAGCUCGGUACCGCGGCCUCGCCGCUCUCCCCGGGCACCUUCUGGCUGACCCGCAUCGUGCUGCUGCGUUCCAUUGCCUUCCUGUACUCCGUGGCCUUCCUGGUGGCAUUCCAGCAGAACAAGCAGCUGAUAGGAGAGAAGGGGCUGCUCCCCUGCAAGCUCUACCUGCAAGAAAUCAAGAAAUACUUCAAGGGGAAGGUCGGCCUGGAUGCCCUGAGCUAUGCCCCCACUCUCAUCUGGUUCCUGGACUGGUCUGCCAUGGACAGCACCUUGGACUGCCUGGCCCUGGCUGGGCUGGCAGUGGCAGCCUUUGUGCUGCUGACUGGCUGUGCCAACAUGGUCCUCAUGUCCCUGCUGUGGCUGCUCUACCUGUCCUUGGUCCAUGUUGGACAGAUCUGGUAUUCCUUUGGAUGGGAAUCGCAGCUCCUGGAGACAGGAUUCCUGGGAAUAUUCCUGUGCCCUCUCUGGAGCUUGUCCCACCUGCCCCAGGACUCUCCUCCUUCCAAAAUUGUCAUCUGGAGCUUCCGCUGGCUGAUUUUCAGGAUCAUGCUCGGAGCGGGGCUGAUUAAAAUCCGAGGAGAUCGCUGCUGGAGGGAGUUAACUUGCAUGGAUUAUCACUACGAGACUCAGCCGGUGCCCAACCCCAUCUCGUACUUCAUGCACCGCUCUCCGUGGUGGUUCCAUCGCUUCGAGACCUUGGUGAACCACUUCAUCGAGCUGGUGGUGCCCUUCUUCCUUCUGCUGGGCAGGAGGAUGAGCAUCCUGCACGGGCUCCUGCAGAUCCUCUUCCAGGUGCUCCUGAUCAUCAGUGGGAACCUGAGUUUCCUGAACUGGCUGACCAUGGUGCCCAGCAUUGCCUGCUUUGAUGAUGCCAGCCUGGGGCUCCUCUUCAGCUCACGGCUCAGGGAACGUGUGGCACGGCUGCAGCUCCCAGGGCCACAGGAACAGAGGAUUUCCCUGGGCUCCUGUGUGCGCAGGGUACUGAACAUCUCCUUUGGCCUCCUCAUCACCUCCCUCAGUGUCCCGGUGGUCCUGAACCUGCUGAACCCCAGACAGGUCAUGAACACCUCCUUCAACCCCCUCAGGAUUGUCAACACCUACGGAGCCUUCGGGAGCAUCACCAAGGAGAGGACAGAAGUCAUCCUUCAGGGAACAUCCAGCCUGGAUCCCAAUGAUCCCACAGCAGUCUGGGAGGAGUUUGAGUUCAAGUGCAAGCCCGGGGACCUGAGGAGGAGGCCGUGCCUCAUCUCCCCCUACCACUAUCGCCUCGACUGGCUCAUGUGGUUUGCUGCCUUCCAGACCUACGAGCAGAACGAAUGGAUCAUCCACCUGGCUGGGAAGCUGCUGGCCCAGGAAGAGGAAACCUUGUCCCUGCUGGCCACAAACCCCUUUGCAGGCAGAGAGCCUCCAAGGUGGAUCCGGGGGGAACACUUCAAGUACAAGUUCAGCCAGCCCGGGGGGAAGCACGCCAGUGAUGGGAAGUGGUGGAUCCGGAAAAGGAUCGGCCCCUAUUUCCCUCCUGUCAACCUGCCGGGCCUGAGGAAGUUCUUUGAGGACAGGAAUUGGCCUUAUCCUGUGCAGGACUGA